GAUGGAGGAAGCCGGUCGUAGCCGCUCGGAGGGCGGCCGCGUCGUCCUCCCCGCGCCGUGGCGGUGGCCGCUGUUGGCGCUGCUGGCCUGGGCGACGCCGGCCGCCUCGCGGCUCUACCAGGCCGGGGUGGACCCGGUGUGGGUGCUGGAGGCCGGCACGGUGCGGCAGGCGCUGCGCGACUCGCCCUCGGCCUGGCUGGUGCAGUUCUACUCCUCGUCGUGCGGCCACUGCGUGGCCUUCGCGCCCACCUGGCGGGCCUUGGCCGGAGACGUGCACGAGUGGGGACCUGCUAUAAGCGUUGGAGUACUGGAUUGUGGGGAUGAGGUGAAUUAUGACACGUGUAAAGAGUAUGGAAUCCAGUAUUAUCCCACUUUCAGGUAUUUCAGAGCUUUUACAAAGCAGUUCACGACUGGAGAAAGCCACCUUGGCACAGACCGGGAACUUCAGACUGUCCGCCAGACGAUGAUUGAUUUUCUGCAGAACCAUUCCCAAGAAGCGAAACCACCUGCUUGUCCUCCUUUGGAACCAAUUGUGCCCGAACAAAUGUUUUCCCUUUUUAAUAAAAACAUUCCGCAUUAUACCGCCGUUAUUUUUGAGAGCGCGAACUCCUACGUCGGGCGAGAGGUGAUCUUGGACCUGAGUCAAUAUGAAAACCUGGUGGUGAAGCGAGUGCAGAAUUCUGAUUCUGCUUCUCUGGAGAAGCUUGGUGUUACUUCAGUCCCUGCGACUUACCUGAUCUAUCCAAACGGGUCCCAUGGAUUAAUUAACAUUUUGAAGCCUCUCCGGUCUUUCUUUUCUUCCUAUUUAAAGUCACUCCCCGGUGUUAGAAGAAAACUACCUUCACAGCUCCCAACACCUGUCAGGCAAAACAGUGAAGAAAACAUGGACAUCAAGGAAUGGAAAGACUUUGAUAAAUCUAAGCUGUAUAUGGCUGACCUUGAGUCAGGCUUGCAUUACUUGCUCAGGGUAGAACUUGCCACUCACAAAACUCUUGAGGGAGCUGAGCUAAAGACCUUCAAGGAUGUUGUUAUACUCCUUGCCAAGCUAUUUCCUGGCCAUCAGCCUGUGAUGAAGUUGUUGGAGACUUUGGAAGUGUGGCUAGUGAGCCUCCCAUUAGACAAAAUCCCUUAUGAUGCCAUCCUUGAUCUGCUCAACAACAAAAUGCGGAUCUCAGGACUGUUUCUCACCAGCCGUGUCCAAUGGGUUGGUUGCCAAGGCAGCAGGCCGGAGCUGAGAGGCUACACUUGUUCAUUCUGGAAGCUGUUCCACACGCUCACGGUUCAAGCGGCCCUUCAGCCAAAGGCCUUGCUCAGCACAGGUUUGAAAGACAGCCCACAGGCGGUCCUGCAGGUCAUGCAGAGGUACGUGCAGGAUUUCUUUGGCUGCCGAGCCUGUGCGCAGCAUUUUGCGGAGAUGGCCGGGGAGUCUCUGGAUUCGGUGAAGACCUUGGACGAGGCCGUCCUCUGGCUCUGGGAGAAACACAAUGUGGUGAACGCCAGGCUGGCAGGUGAUCUGAGUGAAGAUCCAAAAUCCCCUAAAGUCCAGUGGCCAACUCCAGAUAUUUGCCCAGCAUGCCACGAAGAAUCUCAAGGUGUACACGCCUGGAACAAGGGCCAGGUGAUAGAGUUCCUCAAGCAUCACUACAGCAGCGACAACAUUUUGUAUACGUACGCGGAGGGGCAAGGACAUCCCGACGAAAGUGAACUUAGAGAAGAAGAAGAAGAAGUCAGGGAGAAAAGCCUGCCCAAGAAAGAAAGCCGACGGAAUGAAGACAAGCUUCCGGAUCCAGAGAAAUCCUUAGACUCAAGGUCAAGAGUCCUGGACAGAUGGAUGGCUCAGGAUGGCCCCGUCAAAGACCGAGGGAAAAAGGCGGACGAGUCGGUGAUCGAGGAGGAAAUGAAACAGGCUGUGUCUUUCUUGGGGAUCGGAUUCUCUAACGUUGACAUGAGCCUCUGCAUAGUUCUGUACGUCGCCUCAUCUUUAUUUUUAAUGAUCAUGUACUUUUUCUUCCGGAUGAGAUCCAAACGCUGGAAAGUGAGAUAUUCCCGUCCCUAUGUAUAGAAUUUCAGCCCAAAGCCAAAUGUCUGCCCUUAAAUGGCUUGGUUUUGUUCUGCCAUGGCUUUAAUAUUUAUGAUCAGGGAUAUUAUUAUUUUUUACACUACACAGUAUUUCCUCUUUUGAAAUGGUGCUCUCUCUCUCUCUCUCUCUCUCCUCGUUCCAUCUGCUCACUUACUGAUCUAAUUCCCCAGUGUUGGACCUAUUGGAGUUGGAAUAGUUGCGUGUAAUUACCGAAACCAACACACAUGGAAAACACUAAACUGUUUCUGGUGACCUUGUCAUUGCGUGCUUCGGUCUAUAAAAUAAAG